GUUAAAGUAGCAUGGGAAAGUAUUAAUGUAAUAAAAAUUAAAAAUUCAUUUAAAUGCUGUGACAUUUCUGUGAAAAAAGAUGGUACUGAAGAUAAUUAUAUUUUUGAUUAUAAUUUGUUAAAAGAUAAUGUUGAAAAUGAACCUGUUGAAGAAGAAAUCUUAAUUGAUGAAAAUAUGUAUAGCGAUGAUAUAGAAAAUUAUGAAAAUCCAUGGAAUUAA